UGGAGGACAAAUUCAAAGGCUCGGGUUACAUUUGCUAUGUUUGCAGAAUGGUUUUUGAACCAUUUUGUCCUUGCUGUUGAACGUUAUUGCUUGGGCAAAAACAUUCCUUUCAAAAUUCUCCUUCUCCUUGACAAUGCCCCUGGACAUCCAAACACUUUAGAUGACAUGCACCCCAAUGUAAAGGUGGUAUUUCUACCCCCCAACACCACAUCACUAAUUCAGCCAAUGGAUCAGGGAGUCAUAGCCUCCUUUAAGGCCUAUUAUUUAAGGAGGACAUUCUCACAAGCUGUCAGGGCUACCCAAAAGGAUGAGAUGACCUUAAGGGAUUUCUGGAAAAGUUAUAACAUUUAUGAUGCCAUCAACAAUAUUGCUGAUGCUUGGGAUGAAGUGAAAGAGACAAAUAUGAGAGGAGUUUGGAACAAAUUGUGCCCCCAAUUCACAGAAGAAUUUCUGGGGUUUACAGAUGAGGAAAUCGCCGAAACCAGGCAAGCUGUGGUUGCUAUUGGUAAUGAACUGCAGUUGGACAUCACUGAAAAUGAUAUCAUAGAGUUACUCGACUCCCAUGGCAAAGAACUAACCAAUGAAGACCUUAUGGAACUAGAGCAGCAGAUAGAAUCUAGGGAAGAAAACCAGGACCUAGAAACUCCACAAUUGAAAAAAUUUUCUACAAAAGAGUUAGCUGAUGCUUUUCAACUUAUUGAAGCGGGAAUGGCAAAGUUAGAGGAGCAAGAUCCUGAAACAGAGAGGUUUGAAAAAGUUGACCGCACAGUUACCGAAGGUCUGAGAUGCUACUGGGCUAUUUAUGAUGAGGGGGAAAAAAAGCUCUAAACAAACCUCCCUUGAUGCCUACUUCAAGAAAUUGACUCCAGCAGCAGAAUCUGACUCUGACUCUCUAAUACCAGUCCCAUCCUCUCCAACAAGUCCAUCAUCCUCUACCAAGAUUGUUUAAGGUUGUACUGUACAGUACAGUACAGUAUUUGAAACGUUUAAGCAUUUACAUGCACUGUUAAAAAUAAAGAAUAUGUUAAGACAAA